AUGCCCGUCUAUCUGAUAUCCAAAGCCGCCGACCCGGUGUUCGCCGUCACAAUUGGCAUCGCCGCCGCCCUGUCGCGGGUGCGUCGUGACCAGCGCGAAAAACAUCCCGAGCGAGCAGCCGACAUCGGCUACGGGCAUAUCCUACAGACGGGCGGCAGACGACUUCAACGGUGGUGGGCGGGUGAUUUCCAGGGGCUAUAA